AUGGUUGAGGAUGCUUCUCAAGGGAUCUCAUUUGUGUGCAACAACAUUGCUGAAUACGGAGGUGAUCCCAACAGAAUUUACAUAAUGGGACAGUCAGCUGGUGCACAUAUUGCUGCUUGUACUCUCUUGGAGCAGGCAAUCAAAGAGGCCGGUGAAGGAGAGAGCACUUCCUGGAGUGUCUCCCAAAUAAAGGCUUAUUUUGGGUUAUCUGGAGGCAUAAUGGAAGGGGAACAAUCUUUGCAGCGAUUUUCUCCCGAAGUAAUGGUACAGGACCCAAACAUUAGGAAUGCUGUUGCUCUCUUACCUCCCUUUAUACUUUUCCAUGGUAAUGCAGAUUAUUCCAUACCAUCAGAUGCCAGUAAGAGUUUUGCAGACACUCUUCAACGAGUUGGAGUCAAAGCUGAAUCAAUUUUGUAUGAAGGAAAGACUCACACAGAUGUGUUUGUCCAGGAUCCAAUGAGAGGUGGUAAAGAUGAGAUGUUCGAAGAUUUAGUUACAAAAAUUCAUGCUGGAGACUCAGAAGCCCUCGCCAAAGAUGCAGUGGCACCUCCAAGAAAACGACUAGUACCCGAAAUUAUGUUGAAGUUGGCUCGCAGUGUCAGCCCAUUUUAGUUAGCUUUAGACCAAUUUCUGGCUAGACUAAUAUCCAUAAUUAUUCUUCUCUCAUUCUUUGUAUAGAGAACAUAGAAUUAUUAACUUUAUUAAAUUAUUUAGGAGUAACCAGUAGCAUCCUCUCUCUUUUUUUUUUUUCUGUAUAAUGUACUUUUAUAAUGAGUUUGUUUUCUUUUCUUGCAUUGAAUUCUAGGACAAAACCAUGAAUAUUGUUGUACUAAAAUUAUUUUGUAAUACAAAUGUGAUUCUUAAUGAUCUUGACUUUUUU